AUGGCGUCCUCCAUCACCACCAGCAACCGGACUCUUCGCCCCGAAAUCGAGAUCCCAAGUACCAGCGGAAGCAACCGGGAUAAUGACGAUGCUCCCCUGUCCCCCCGUUCGUGGCGACACCGGACAGUCACAUACAAGCCAGUCUCCCGAAGGCACACAGUGAAGAGUUUAGAAGGGCAUGACUACUUUGUUGGUCCUCGCGAUAUCUCUAAGCACUCAAAAUGGCCCUUCUUCUUGCGCAUGCACGGCUCCGUCUUCCCCAAGAUGAUCGUCCCCUUGACAGUCGUGGCUCUUUGGUCAACGGCCAUUACCUGCAUUUCGGAGUUCAGCGGCACAGAGCUCAAAGUCAACAACCUUUUGCUCACUGUUUUGGGUUUCGUCGUUGGUCUUGCCAUCUCUUUCCGCACGAGUUCCGCAUACGAGCGUUACACCGAGGGGAGAAAAUACUGGAGUCAGUUGAUCUUCCUCAGCCAGAACUUGGCACGCACAAUCUGGAUUCACGCUUCUGAGCGUGAUGGCGAGUUGGGCAAGGAGGAUCUGCUUGCUAAGCUGUCCGCGAUGAAUCUGAUCAACGCAUACGCUUCCGCUCUCAAGCACAAGGUCCGUUUUGAGCCUGGUAUCAACUACCCUGAUCUCUAUGAUCGCGUCGAGUACCUGGACACGUUCGCCAAAGCAGCAGAAAUCGACAUCCCCAAGCCCAAAGAGUCUGGCAAGGCGAAGGCAGUCGGGGAGUACCUCGGUGUUACGUUUGCCGAGUCGAACCCCCGCAAGAGGAUCAAGCGCUCCAAGAAGCCCCUUGGUAACCUGCCUCUCGAGAUCCUGAACCAUCUGUCCAUGUAUGUGCACAGCCUCAUCAGCAACGACACGCUCAACAUCGGUCUGUACCAAAACCAAGCCAUCACCAGCAUUGUCCAGCUCAACGAAGUCCUCAUCGGGAUGGAUCGCGUACUCCAAACCCCCCUCCCCAUCGCCUACUCCAUCGCCAUCUCGCAAAUCACCUGGGUCUACGUAAUGAUGCUACCCUUCCAACUCUGGGACGACCUCCGCUGGAUCACAAUCCCCGGGUGCAUUUUCGCCGCCUACAUCAUCAUCGGGCUCGCAGCCAUCGGGCGCGAAAUCGAAAACCCCUUCGGCAACGACGUCAACGACCUCCCCCUCGAAGCCUACUGCGAGGAACUCGAAAUGGACAUUGACACCAUCACCGCACAGCCCGCCCCCACCACAAACACCUUCAUGAAGAGACCCACCAAUAUGCCCAUCUGGCCCCUCAGCCAGAAGAACUUCGAGGACUGGCAGGGCCGCUCGAAACAGGAUAUUCGCGAUGCGCUCAUGACGAAGACGAGGGCGGAUAUGGAGGUUCGCAAGAGUUUUGCUGUCGCGAGACAGAGUGAGGCCGAGGAGAAACAUGUGGCUUCGAUGCAGGAUGCGUAG